UUGAAUUUGUUUGGCGCUUGUAUCUAGAUUAAACAAAAACACUAGCACCUGUCGACUUGAAAAUACAGAGUGUCCGGGAUCAGGUACUAGUCUAUCAGAGACAGUUUCAGAGAUGUCGGAUGGGGAAACUGGGAGUAAAUGGGAUGAAGUUCAUGACAGAAAUCCGAGUAAGACCUUAAUGGCUAUAGCUCCACUAGAUCGCCAAGCUCUUAGACUUCUGUAUGAAGAACAAAAGGAAGAUAGUUUUGUUCACCCCGAGCCUGUUUAUCCCGAUGCAGCGCUACCAACGUAUGAGGAGGCAGUCGCCCUGGGCUUCAAGGGAUUCAAUGAGGCUGAGGAUGCAGGCCCCACCCACGCUGGAGAGGGUAACACCGCAGCCCCCCAGGAAACAGUGUUCCUGGGGAAGAAUAAACGCAAACUUAAACGGAAAAAGAGCCACAAAAAAGAUGGAGAAGAACUACGGAUUAACACUAAGCCAGAACCCACAGAGGAUGUAGAAAUGUCUUCCCUGCAGAUCCUGGUGAAAAGUUCUGACCAUAAGAUGACUGAGGACAAAAGUGGGGAGACAUCGAUAGGGCCCGCAGGAGAAGAAGAUUCCCCGAUCAGGUCAAGGAAAAAGAAAAAGAAAAAGAGCCUUAUGAGAAAAACCAGUGAAGCAGACAUGCAAAAAAUAUCUCAGACGGUCGAAAAUCAGGGGGAUAUAAUAAUUGAUAUCAGUGAGGGGCAGGGUUCUCCAGAACGGUCACAAAGAAAGAAAGAGAGGGAAGUUGUCCGUGUGGAUUCCCUCCCGGUCACUAGCGAGGAUCAACUACUGACCAGUGGUGAGGGCCAUCUACUGACCAAUGGUGAGGGUCGCCUACUGACCAAUGGUAAGACCCAUCUCUUGAUGCAGAUGCCCAAGGAAAUGGAGGAAAAGGCUGAGGGGACGGUAAAGAAGUCAAAGAAGAAACGCAGAGAGACCAGUCCCAGAGAGAUGGAGGGGGCGGACGAGCUAGCUGGACAGGAGGAGUCGCUGUGGCAGAAGGCAAAGAAAAAAUCCAAGAAAAGGAAGAAAAAGAUCAGGGAGAAAGAGGUCAUAGAGGCCAUGACUGGUAAGGAGAUCCCAGAUCCUGAGGUUCCGCCCCCUCAACUACCAACAGCAGCCUUCAUAGAAGAAGAAAUUCCGAGUACUAGAGAAACCAAAGAGACACGAGCCCUUCCCCCACUCCUGACAAAACGGAUGUCCUCUCUCAACAAGAUCCACACAAAGGACUCCCAGCUAGAAGACAGAAUACCCGACCAGCUGAGGGAAGAUACAACACUGAUGGGGAAAUCCAUUCCACCGAUCGCCUCAGUGAUGGACAAAGGACAGAGAGACAAGGCAGAGGAGGACCCCGGGUUAGAGGAGAAGAAAGAACUUCUACUAAAGAGGAGGUCCUCACAGAGUACAUUGGAACAACUCAGGAGUUUGGAGGAAGGGAGGCCUCACACUGAGGACAGUGAAGAACGAAAAGAGAAUAUAAAAUGCACCAACCCCUGCUGUGCAGCAGUGUGUGGAUUUUUCAAAAGGCUGUGGAGGUUUAUUACCAAAAACAGGGACCUGACUCCACGACAGAAAAUAUGUAUCAUCGCUGUAGUGAUUUCAUCAAUAGCAGCCAUUGUGUUCCUGGGUCUGUUUCCCAGCAGCUUUGUCUAUUUGGAUUAUCAUGAGUACGCCUUGAAGUACGACAAAGUGACGGGUGUUGUAGACCGGUCCACUGUAUACGAAUUUGGAUGUUACAUUCUCGGUCCCAGCACGGCUUUCCUGACAUUUCCCCGCAGUGCACACAUCAUCACCAAGUCACAUGGUGUGUUUACAGCAGAUAAAAUGAGUAUCGAUAUUGUGUACCACGUGCAGUACUUUCUCAGAAAAUCGGAGAUCGGGACUUUACACAGCGAGUUUGAUACAGGAUAUGACUCUGUGAUUCGAUCCAUUAUCGAGAGCAAGAUAAAGAAUUCGGCCACAAGCAUAUCUGUAAACAGCUUCCGACUCAACAGAGCUAAUCUAGAAAAAUACUUCCACAACGCUCUGAAAGAGAGACUGGAGGGUAACUGUUGCCCGAGCUGUUGUCCCGGCAGCUGUACCAACAUCACAGCCUGUAGCUAUUGUCUGGGCCCCGCGUCAUGUGACCAGGGCUACCAUGUCACUAUAAAGUACUUUCAGCUGACGAAGGUGAAAAUUCCAAAGGAAGUGUCGGAACAGUUUCUGAAGAGCGUUCUUCUCGAGGAAUAUGCAAAUACAGAACAACUUAAACAAAACAAGGCAGUGGAGGAUAAAAUUACUCAACGUCAAACGAGUCAACUACACAACGAAGCCUAUGAGAUCACAGAGGCAGGUAAUGCUGAGGCCCAGAAAAUUCAGGUGAUUGCAGAGGCAGAGCGUGAGGCCAAUCUGACCACCGCCUAUGUCACCGCUCUGUCGUCUAUGUACACGACCCUGAAUGUGGUGCAGGAGGACCACAAACUGUCAAUCAUGAUGAUGCGGGUCCUGGAGGAAGCUGCUGUCAAGGGGAAAUUGUAUCGCUCGUAUGGAUACGACAAUGAGACAAUCUACAAUCGUCCUCUGUCUCUCUCUGCAGGAUAAGAGAAAUCUGCAAUCAUCCUCUGUCUUUCUCCGUGGGAUAAGUCGGUUUCAUGCACAGGGAAAAGUAUCUCACAUGAAGUUUGCAUGAAUUUCAUGCGAGUAUUUUGCAUGUGAACAAAAUGAAAAGAGAUGAAAAACAUGAUUUUCAUGCAGAAUAUUUUGUUUGUAUAUAUCUGAUUUUGAUUAGUCUGGUAAUGCUAACAUCAAUUAUGUAUUUUAAAAAGGUUUCAAGACUGAAGAUCAUCCAAAAUACAAAGUGUGAUUUUGAACAAGAUUAGGAUAGAAAAUGAGGUUAACAGAAACUGACAAAAUGAAUGAAGCUAUUUAUCUGUUUUAUGUGUUUAUAACAUGGAAAUUAUACAAAAUCAUGUUCUAUAAGCUCUUUUUUUGUUCCUUCAUUUCUUCACAGUUCAAUGUAGCAUAAAUGAAUGCAACGGGCAUUUUCACAUGAAUACUGCAUGACUAUUACAUGGAAAACUAGCUGCCAAAAGCUAUCAUAUAUAAUAGAAUAUUAUACAAAAAAACAGGCAUAUAAAAAUAUCAUAAUUUUCACAUGAAUAUCAUGUGAAUAAAUGUGCUUGAUAUGCAUGAAAAUCCUGUGCGUCACUUUUCCUUGUAGAACCACCUAUAAUGUGAAAGUUAUUCCAUUGUUCAUAGAACUAAAAUGUGUUAGAACUUGAAGUCAUUUUAUGUGUAGCGAAACUAAAAUGUUUUAGAAUUCGAAGUCAUUUUAUGUAUGCAGUGAAACUAAAAUGUGUUAAGAACUCAAAGUCAUUUUAUGUGUAGCGAAACUAAAAUGUAUGUGAACACUAAGUCAUAUUAUUGUUAGUGAAACUUAAAUGUGUUUAAAAACUAAGUCAUUUUAUUUUUUUAGUAGAACUAAAAUAUAUUAGAACAAUAAGUCAUUUCAUUAUCAGUAGAAUUACAAUGUGAUAGUCAUAUCAUUAUCAGUAGAAUUACAAUGUGAUAGUCAUUUCAUUAUCAGUAGAAUUACAAUGUGAUAGUCAUUUCAUUAUCAGUAGAAUUACAAUGUGAUAGUGACACUAAAUGUCAGAUAAUUUUUAUAGUACUUGCACUGAAUGUGAUAGUGAUAAGUCAUCCAGUCAUUACUUAGAAAUUUUGUAUACCAUAUAUAUCCGGGGGAGGGGGAGGUGUGAAAAUUUCAUGAAAAUGAAGUAAAUAUGUAGUCUGCUUUUUUUAAUUGCAAAAUUAACUUUUGGCAAUAAUUUUACAGUUCUCAAAAGAAAAUUAUUUUAUUUGAUUGUCAUUAAUUAAGGAGUUAUCUCCCUUUUUCAGGCUGACAGAGUUUUUGUUUUGAUGAUCAGUACGAUACUAGUAAUUUGAUUUAAAUACCAGUAAAUUGUCUCAUUUAAGGUAAUUCCACCCUUCUAGAACUAUAGGUUAAAUCUUUUAAGACUCCAACAAAAUUUAUGUUCCUGUCAUGCAUAAAUCUUAUUAAAUCAUUGACUUUGCAAUAUAAAAAUUUUAUCAAUUAACCUAGCUGUUAUCAAUGUCAGAAAAUUGCAAUUUUCUUUAAACAGCAUUAUCAGAAUUUCACAAAAACUGGUUGUAACGAUAUAAUAGUAUUCAUAACAAUUUCAUGAAACUGUUUCUUUAAAAAAAAUAUACAAAAUGUUGGUGGAAAAUAAAGGAAAUCUAUCGCAUAAUGGACUUGACAAAUAAUUGAUUGAAAACAGAGUUAUUGCCCUUGGAUUCAAUAUUUUGAAAUAUGUAAUUGAUAAUUCAUAUAUAAAUUAGACUUUUAAAAUAUUUUGUGGUUAUCAAGAUUUUUUACAAUAACUAUUGAAAAAGACUCCAAGAAAAUUUAUGUUCCUGUCAUGCAUAAAUCUUAUUAAAUCAUUAAUUGACUUUGCAAAAUCUUAUGACGUCACAGAAGGGUGGAAUUACCUUAACAGUAAACUUCUUUUAGUACUCCAUACACACAAGUUGUAAUCAUUACAAGAUCAGUUUUAAAACACACUGAUUUUCUUUAAGCGAUCGAAAAAUAAUUGAUGUAUGUGUCUAUAAUGAUAUAGAUUAUAAAUAAGAUUACAUGUGAUUUGCCUCUUAUUAUUGAGAGCACAAAUUAAGGCCCUCCGGCACCAUUGUCAAUUAGUAUUAUGCGCAACUUCUACUCCAAGUGAACUAUUUAUGCUGUUUUAAUGACUCACAAUAAGUUUUGUGUUUAUUUUUUGUUAUAAAAAAAUGCAGACUGCGAAAAUAAUGAAAAAUAGAUAAUCGCAAAAAAAAAAUAAACCUGGAUAUAUGGUAUCCUGACAAUCUGUCUCAACCAAUGCAUAUUUCAUUAAAUUACAUGUUUUAUACAUAAACAUCAGGAUUAUUAUAUACUCGAUGGGACGAAUUAAUGUAUAUUUAUGGCAGUUGAGAGAUUUUAAAAAUAUACACUAUAGGCAUUAUAUAUUUUAUUUUUGUAUAUGGUUUUAAUGCUUUGUAAUUUAUACAUUGUUGUGCCAAAGUAAAUUAUCCGUCAUUUCUAAAUGUAGAAAGAAGAGCAUUAUUUAAAUCAGGCCUUGAUCUCCGAGUAAUAGGCCAAUCCGACACCAUCAGGACAUCUUACAGUAAUUAUCACACUAUAAUGCAAUUAUUCAAUUGUUAUAUGUAUAAAUGUCAUCGUGAUUUUGUGGAGUAUCAGUGUACACUUUUAUCACUACCUCUGAGGGUAUACAGUUUGCAGGGUUUUGUUUUUUGUUUUUGUUGUUGUUAGUUGGUUUAUUUAUUUGGUGUGUGUGCAUGCAUGUGCAAGUAAGCACUUAAUGUUAUGUCAGGAUUUCGAUAAAAUUUCUAUCAAAUUUAGACAAGAUAUCUUUCGAUUUGCUUCUCACAAUAAACUGAUUUUAAUCAGACUGUCAGAUUAAUAUUCAUCAAGGCGUAUUAUGACAAGUUUGACAACGAUUGAUUACAUUUGGGAGAGAUGAAGCGGGGGAUCCAGACUUAUAGGAUUGAUUACACUUGGGAGAGAUGAAGUGGGGGAUCCAAACUUUUUAAGAGAUGAGGUGGGGGAUCCAGACUUUUUAGGAGAGAUGAGGUGAGGGAUCCAGACUUUUUAGGAGAGAUGAGGUGGGGGAUCCAGACUUUUUAGGAGAGAUGAGGUGGGGGAUCCAGACUUUUUAGGAGAGAUGAGGUGGGGGAUCCAGACUUUUAGGAUUGAUUACACUUGAGAGAUGAGGUGGGGGAUCCAGACUUUUUAGGACGCCCCUCUACCUUCUGAAAUUCAUUGUAGAUAAACGGAUGUUUGUGGUUUCUGAUGGGUCAUGAACCUGCUUUUACUACCAACAAAAAAAGCAUUAAAAUUUUUGUAAAAUAUGACACAGAUAUUCACAUAGGCCAGAAUACGGGAGUUCUUGAUCUUCUAGAGAAAGUCGUUUUUAAUUAGAGUUUAUUCUUGACUUUGUUAUUCUGUAACAUCAAUCAAAGAAAAUGUCACUUGUAAGACUAGUUUUUCUUUCUCAGUAAUAUACUGUACAUGUAACAAACUUUAUAAAGCAACGAUAACAGAAACUAGCCAUAAGCGAGUCAUUUCAUUUUAUUUCAACUCUAAUGAUUGAUUAAUAUUUUCUGCCACACUCAACAAUUUUUCAGUUAUCUGGUGGCGCCCAGUUUUUUAUUGGUGGAAGAGAGAACCCAGAUACAAUGUAGCUGGGAAGAGACCACUGACCUUCCGCAAGUAAACUGGGAAACUUUCUCACUUACUGGCACGAGCAGGAUUCGAACCUGCGCCAACCAGAGGUGAGAGGCCGUCUGAUUUUGAGCGUGAUGCUCUAACCACUCUGCCACAAAGGCCCCCUUUUCACUCUAUAUUUCAUUGGAAAACCUAUUUCACAAAAACUCUGAGGUCAAUUUAGUCCAAUUUCUAUUAAUUUAUUUCACUUAAUUAUGCAAAAUUAUUCAAAUUUUCUUUUCCUAAAAUGCUAAGAAAAUUGGAGAAUAAUGCAUGAAAUCAUCAAAGCAAAAUUUCUAACCUCAAAAUACUGUAACUGCUGCAAAAUUUCAAUUUAGUAUUUGAUAAUGCAAUAUCACCACCACGGCUAGUUAGAAUUAUUUUGAAAUUGUGUUAAGUGCAAAUAAUUCUAAAUUUUAUGAUACAAUAUCCAUAAACUAUGAGCUAUAAAUAAUAUUGAAAUAAUUUUUUUUUCAAAAAGGUAUUUUAAUUAAUCAUAGUGAAAAAAUGUAAUGACGACUCGCUAUGGCCAGGAACUGUAGUUCUAAAAAACAAAAUUGGGACAGACCAAUCCCAACUCUUUCAGAGGGCUAAAGUUCCGUAGCUGAAUAGAAACGUGUUCCUUUAAUGAGAGGUUCAUGAAAAUUGUUGAUUAACAUUUUCAUUGCUUUAAUAUUCUGUUCAUUUAACAUAUUUUAAAUGACUGUGACCCACGUGAUGCAUGGGAGUAUUACAACAGUACAAGUUGUGAUAAAAAUUUCAUAUGUUAAUUAAUGUCAAAACUGCUGUUGUAACUUUUGAAGUUGUUGUGUAAUAUAUAUGUACAGAAAUUCUUUGUUUACUUUUACAUAAUAUUUGUUAACAAAUAAAUUUCAGUUACUUAA